AUGACAGACACAGAAGCUAAUAUUUACGCUGAUUCACAGACCUAUUAUAGUACUGGUGGUAAUAGUUUUAAUCAAUUAAAUGUUAAUCGUGUUAGAAGUUUUGUGAUGUCAAAAAGUAUUCAGGGAAAAGCAGGACAUAUUCGCAAAAGAAGAGCUUCACAUGAUGAGAUGACAAAACCACGUAAAUUUUUGAUAGAUGUAGAAGAAACCAAACGUUUAAUAUUAGAGCAGGAAGAUACCAAUGGUGAUUUCCAAAUCACUAUUGACGAUAUGGGCCCUAAGUCUUUAAGUGUUGGUACUGCUGAUUCAGGUGGACAUCGAAAGUUUGAGAUCAGGGGCACUUAUAUGCUCAGUAAUCUUUUGCAAGAGUUGGCUUUGGCAGAGGAUCAUGGACGUAAACAUAUAGUUUUAGAUGAGGCUCGCUUGAAUGAAAACCCUGUUGACCGUUUAAGUCGUAUGAUUCAACAUAAUUUUUGGGAUGGAUUGACAAGAAGAAUUGAUGCCGAUGGAUUGGAAAUUAUCUGCGCUGAUCCUAAAAAUAGAACUGCCGAUCAUUCACCGCGUAUUUACAUUCCUUUUGGUGAGGAUGAACAACUUCAGUAUUACAACAAUGUAGCUGAAACACGACCACAUUUGAAUUUAGAAGUUGAAACACUUCCAAAAGAAAUUACUCCAGAAUACGUCAAAAGUAUCAAUGACCGACCUGGCAUUCUUGCUUUGGCCAUGCAAAAACAUGCUGAUAAUCAAGGAAAUGUUACCUUAAAAGGUGUACCAUUCAUUGUUCCUGGAGGUCGUUUUAAUGAAAUGUAUGGUUGGGACUCUUAUUUUGAAACUUUGGGAUUGGCUGUAGACGGAAGAAUAGAAAUGGCAAAGGGCAUGGUAGAUAAUUUUGUUUAUGAGAUAACACAUUAUGGUAAAAUAUUGAAUGCAAAUAGAAGUUAUUAUCUCACACGAUCCCAGCCACCUUUCCUUACUGAUAUGGCUAUCAAAGUUUAUGAACGUUUAACCGAUGAAACGGAAGAAAAGAAAACAUGGCUUGCAUCUGCAAUUCGUGCUGCAAUUAAGGAAUAUCAUACAGUAUGGAUGAGCCUUCCACGGUACGAUCCUAUAACUGGACUCAGUAGAUUUUAUCCAACUGGACUUGGUAUUCCACCGGAAAAUGAAGCGAGCCAUUUUGAUCAUGUUAUUUUACCAUAUGCAAAAAAUCUAGGACUUUCUAUUAAAGAAUAUGUAUCGAAAUAUCAAAGCCAAGAAAUUCAUGAACCUAAUUUAGAUGAAUACUUCUUACAUGAUCGUGCAGUUCGCGAAUCUGGUCAUGAUACUACUUAUCGGUUUGAAAAAAGGUGCGCGCACCUUGCUACUAUUGAUCUUAAUAGUUUGCUUUAUAAGUAUGAACUUGAUAUCGGUCAAGUUAUCAGAACAAUCUAUGAUGAUCGAUUCGAAUUAGAUGAUGGAAUUGUUGAGACAAGUGCUGCUUGGUUUGACAGAGCGACGCUGCGCCAAGAGAGAAUUGACAAAUACUUAUGGAAUGAAGAAAAAAGUCUUUAUUAUGACUAUGACACUGUUAAACGUGAACAAUCUGUUUAUGAAUCUGUUACCGCUCUUUGGGCACUUUGGGCUGGUUGUGCCAGUUCAGAGCAGGCUGAAAAAUUGGUAAAAAUAUCUCUUCCUAAAUUUGAAGUUCUUGGUGGGCUUGUCAGUGGGACAGAAGAUUCUCGUGGAACAAUUGCACUUGACCGUCCAAAUCGACAAUGGGAUUAUCCAUUCGGAUGGGCACCACAUCAAAUUAUGGCAUGGCGUGGACUUGAGAAUUAUGGAUAUAUGACAGAAGCACGCCGAUUAGCUUAUCGUUGGCUUUAUACUAUAACGAAAUCUUUUGUUGAUUACAAUGGAGUAGUACCUGAAAAAUACGAUGUUGUCACCUUAAAUCAUUUACUUAAAGUGGAAUACGGCAAUGUUGGCGUGGAUUUCAAAUUUGUACCUCGCGAAGGUUUCGGUUGGAUGAAUGCCUCAUAUCAAGUUGGGCUGUCUUACCUCACACAUCAUAUGAGGAGAGCAUUAGGAGCUUGUACGAGUCCUGAAGUGUUUUUUAACAGGAGUAGGAUGAAUAAAGAGAUCGUGAUUGAAGAUGUUACAAAAAUAAUUACUACCGUUGAAUCAGAAGAUAGUCAAAAACAAGAAGAAAUUGAAACAAUGGUUGUUGAAGUCAUUAGUUCUACCACAUUUCAGGGGUUAUCAAAUGAAAUUGAAUCUAAGAUUGAACCAAUAGCGAAUGAUUCAGUAAUUCAAUCAAAAGCGGCUAUUGAUAAUAUCAAAUCGAUUGGUUGA